AUGGCUGACCAGAAUGCCAACUUGAAUCAACCCGAACUCAACAAACAUGACAUGGGUUGGCGAAAAUUAAUUCGUCAUUUCACUCCAUCAUGGUUUUCAGUUACCAUGGGCACUGGAAUCGUGUCUGUUCUGCUCAACACGCUUCCUUAUAACGGCCAAUGGCUUUACUGGAUCUCUGUUGUUUGCUUCGCUUUCAAUGUCCUACUCUUCACUAUGGGGUGUAUCAUCACCUUCCUCCGCUACACACUGUACCCGGAGAUCUUCUUCGCCAUGAUCAAACACCCAGUUCAAUCCAUGUUCAUAGGAACGUUCCCCAUGGGAUUUGCGACCAUCAUCAAUAUGUUUUGCUUGGUCUGCGUCCCAGCCUGGGGUGACUGGGCCCAAAACUUGGCCUGGGGGUUGUGGAUCUUUGAUGCUGUUUUCUCUGUCAUAACCGCCCUUUCCUUACCAUUCUUGCUAAUGGCCCAUGGAGGUGAGACUCAGCUCUCAUCCAUGACAGCUGUAUGGCUCCUCCCCAUUGUCAGCUGCAUUGUCGCAGCCUCGUCUGGUGCCGUCGUGGCUGAUGUGCUCUCCAAUCCACAACAUGCCCUCUGGACCGUCAUCGUGAGCUAUAUACUUUGGGGGAUUGGAUUGCCUCUCGCUAUGAUGGUUAUGGUGAUUUACCUCCAGCGACUGACGCUGCACAAAUUGCCCCCCAAAGCGGUGAUUGUGGGCGUGUUUCUUCCUCUAGGACCCCUAGGUCAAGGCGGGUUUGGUGCCAUGAAGCUGGACCAGGCGGCACAAGCAAUCUUCCCCAAAACGCAGACCCUCGAAGCCUCGUCCGGUCCGGCUUUCUAUACCAUGGGUUUCAUGGUCGCUCUGAUUCUUUGGUCCUUUGGGUUAGUUUGGCUCUUCUUCGCCUUAGCAUCCAUUGCAAGAAGCAAGAGCUUCCCUUUUAAUAUUGGCUGGUGGGGGUUCACAUUUCCUCUGGGGGUGUACGCCAUGAGCACGUGUCAGAUAGGCCGGGAGCUACCGUCGGAAUUUUUUCGGGUAUUGGGAACAAUUCUCUCGCUUUGCGUGGUGGUGUUGUGGAUUGUGGUGAGUAUCGGGACAUUGCGAGGGGUGCUGUCUGGCCGGCUGUUCUUUGCACCGUGCCUGGCGGAUUUGAAUAGGAGGGAGGACGAGGAUAAGGAUGCUACGAAAGCCGCUUGA